AUGGACUCUCCGACUAAGAGACGCGCCCUCGCGCCCCUCGAUGCAAACGCAAGCUCGCCCGGUACCGCCGCCGCCUUCUCCUUCAAGCCUCAGUCCGCGGCAUCGGCUCCGGCGCGGUCGCCCCUCAAAGCGAGCAUGGGCCUGUUCAGCACCGGCGCCCCGGCGGGCCUGAAGAGGCCGCUGCAGGAGGUCGUGUCGCGCGGUGACGAGAACGGCCCGGCCAAGAAGUUGUGCCAGGACCCCGCAGCGGAGGACGAGCAGCGGCCGUCGAGGCGAAGUUUGCCUUCUUCGCCGAGGCAGCCCCUUCGCACGAGAUCCGCCUCCCCGGCCGUCUCGUCCGUCUUCGACGCGAGCAUCGUGUCCAACGCCCACGACGACACGGCCAUGACGGACCCCGAGCUGGCGCAGCAGGCUGUUGCUGCGCUGGGGCCUAGGCCGCAAGAGAAAGAUGACGCCGCUAACGCUGUUGCAGAAAGCUCAGAUUCUGAGGUUGCGGCUCGGGCUCGCCAACUACAAGCUCCGCACUGGACAGGCCGACGUGCCGCUCGAGAGGCUGCAGAGGCGGCCCGUGCCGGUGCCUGUUGCGCGGAGCGGGCGGUGCGAGAAGCCAGCGUCGACAGCGAUGCGACGGUCGAGGCUGAGAUGGAGGAGAGGGAGGCCGAGUCGGAGGACGAAGCGGUGGCGGUGGUGAAGCGGGCUGAGACCACGCGUGAUGUUGCUGUCGCUGCUGCUGCUGCUGCCGCUGCUCAGGUGCCCAAUUCUGCAUCUGAUGAGGACGCGAAUGAGACGAAGCCGGUUGGGGACGUAUCGCUUGGCGAUGCUACGACGGGUCUUGUGAGCUUGGCGAGGACUGUGCUGCCGCCUUCGACCUGA